AUGAAUGCGGGGAAUGAUGUGCUUGGCAUUAAUCGCGAUGAAUUUCAAAAGAGCGAAUUGGCAAAAAUCUAUAGGAGGUUAGCCAGGAAAUUCCACCCGGAUAAAGUCAAGGGCUCGCGUCUAAAAGCAGAAGCGGUUGAGAAAUUUCGUCAGAUUGCUACUGCUUAUGAAACUCUGAAAGACGAUGGUGUCCGCGAAGACUAUAACUACUAUUUAGACCAUCCAGAAUAUAGUGCCUAUAACUACUAUAAAUAUUACAGGAGGCGGGUAGCACCGAAAGUAGACGUCAGGAUAGUAAUUAUUGUCACAAUCACACUGAUAUCUGCAUUUCAGUAUCUCAGUGCAAAACAUAAAUAUGGCGAAGCGCUGAGUUAUGCUAUCAAGCAAGAGAAGUAUAGAAAUGGUGCCAAAGAAAUUGCUCGUGAGCGUGGGCUACUCCCCAAUGAAAGGAGUCGAAGAGACAAAAAAGCAGUUAAAGAGGAAACUGAAGAAAUAAUACGGCAAAUCAUUGAGGAGAACAUGGAUAUUAGAGGUGGGUACAAGAAACCAUCGAUAUACGAUACGUUACUCUGGUGUAUAAUAUCGCUGCCGUACACUGCCUACGUUUACUUCAUCUGGAAAGCAAAGUGGAUUUUGAAGUACUGGGUGCAGAAGGAAGAGUACGACGAGGAAGCAAAAUUAUACUUAAUACGAAAAAACAUGGGUUUAUCAUCAUCCCGGUUCUCAUGCUUAAGUGACGAGUAUGAAAACUUUCUGGCAGAAGAACUGUGGAAAAAAGACGUAUAUGAAAUAUGGAAGAAAGCUAGGGAAGAUGAAGAGAAGGAACGUCUGGCGACUUCAGGGCGAUAUAAACGGUACCGACGGUUUAUGAGGAACCAAGCCGGUAACACAAUUUCAUUUUUAGAAGACUAG